AUGUCGUUUCUCAAUCGGCUAGUAACGUUUCUAGGCCUUUCCAACCCGUCUCCGUCUCCUCCACCGGGCGCUCUUCUCGCGGCGACCAUCACCGUGCCCGCCUCGCUCGGCUUCGUCCCUGUCGCGGUACACUUCGAUCUUUUCGCAGUCCUAGUCCAACUAGGCGAUGCGACCGCCGAGGAAGUCGCCAGUGCAGCUAAUGCGCAGCUUAAACCCGGGGAGCCGCAAAUUGGCGUCCUCCUCGCUUCCGACACACUCUACAUAAUGUCCGGUCUCGGCCUCCUCGACCAGAUCUCCGAAACCAUGUUCCGCGCAAACGCAAUAACAAAGCACCUGGUCUCCAUGCCAUCGGCACAACACGGCGCCCUCCACUUCACAACAGAAGAUUUACUAGCCGCCGCCUUCACAAUGCGCAAACUGGUCGCGACAAACUUCGCGUACCCCUUCGCCGACGCCGACGGCCCGAUUCAGCACGCUUACAAGCUCAUGGGUAAUGAGGCGCUCGCCAAGGAACACACGUACACCAUCAUGGAGCGCGAGGGCCGCAUGGAGAGCUUUAAUGAGUUUAUGGUGGGUAAGUUCCUUAAGUAUGGUACUUUUCCAUCUCGUGUACAGGAGUUGGGGUAUGACCUUGCUUCCGCACUUGCCCCCGCACUUGCCCCCGCACUUGCCCCUACACCUAGCCAAGGCGAGGGAGUGGUCAUGGUCGACAUCGGCGGCGGCAAGGGCGAACUCCUCCUCGAAGUACAGUCUGCAUACCCGCACCUCCGCCGCGAUCAAUUAGUGGUGCAGGAAUUCAACGCGGAGAUCGAAACCUCCUUGCCCCCGGAUGCUGGUUCAAGUGAGGCAGGGUUCACAACAAUGGAAUGGAACUACAAAAUUUCCCCCAUUCAACCCAUCCACAACGCAAACAUCUACUCCCUCCAACAUAUCCUGCACAACCUCCCGGAUCUCGACGCGGUGUCACUGCUGCAGAAACUCCGGAAGGCGAUGGGGGCCCACUCGCGCAUUCUGAUUAUCGAGUAUGCGAAAAAUCGGACGUAUACACAUUUGCAUGCUAGUAUGAUUGCCCUAUAUGGAGGGCGAGAGCGGAGUUCGCAGGAGUGGAGGGCUCUUGCCGAGGUGUCUGGGUUGGUUGUUGGGUUCGAGAAGUAUGUGGAGAAGGGGGAGAGUCUGGUUGAGAUGCGCCUCGCGGAGGGUUGA